ACUUCUCAUUAGCAGGUGAGAAGUCGAGUCGACUCUCUGUUCUAUAAAAUUACCUAAUUUAUACUUACUUCAAUAGAUUCUUAUUAUUGCAGAUGUUGCUGAAGAGUUGACUUAAUUUUAAAGUGAAUACCGGCUUUUUCUUUGAAUUCAUUUUUUAUUCUUGGAAUUUGGAAUGAAUAUUUAUAAUGGCAUAUUUUCGUUUUAAUAUGAUUCAGGGAACUUUGCGUUCAAAAUUAUUGUCAGAAUAGUGUAAAAAGAGGACGAACAAAGGUAGUUUGAAUUGCUGUAUCUUGAGAACACCCCGUCGGCUACCUUCCAUUAAAUAUAAGCAGACGAGUUUGAAAAUUAGCAGACGAUAUUAAAGAUGAGCAGACAAUAAUAGCUCUUCCAAAAUUUCCAAGUUAUUUGCAUAAGAUGCCAAACAAUGUAAACAAAACUAUUGAUCCACUACAAACUUUGUUUACAGAUCAAAGUUCUGCAUACAAUUUAUCAUUUUAGAGAGAGCUUUUUGCAGCAGACAACAAGAACCAUUAUUAAUUGAUUCAACAAAUGGAAAUUUGAUUAAAACUUCAAAUAUUGAGUGAAUAAACAUUAUUUUGUCUACCAUCGUACACAUGGUACAAUAAGUGUUCAAAUUGAUGAGAUAAAAGCGAUAAAGCAAUUUAUGUGUUAAUUCAUAAAAAUCUUUUAAUAGUUAUAGGCGCUGAAAUAUCUUUCAUCAUUUUCAUAGAGAGCAGUGAAAUAUGCGGUGAAAAUAUAAUUAUGGAAUGUUAACUCCACUUAAAUCUAUCUUCAUCAAAGAAAAUCUAGAGAUAAAAAUCUAUAUUUUCACAUUUUACAUGAAUGUAGCUGCUAAUUAUUAGGAUCGUGUGAAAUUUAAGUCUAAGGGUGUAGAUUUUGCACGAAGAGAUAUAUGUAUGAAGAUAUAUGUGAUGUGAGGAAUCAUAAUAAACAUGAACAAGGGAAUGUAAUGUGUCAGAUAUAUAUAUAUAUAUAUAUACACAGUUUAACACAGUGUGAACCGGAAUUAUGAUGUUACCAAAUUACAUAAAAUGUACACAACAUACCCGGACAACAGUUAUUCAAACAUUAGUAAUCAGGAAGAUUUUAGUCAGUUUGAACUCUUAAAGUACAAAAUGGUCAUUCAUUAACCGACAACUUACGUAAACUCGACGUACACAAAAUGAAUAUAUAGCAGCUGCAAUCACAAACUCUUUAUUUUCUACUUUGGAAUGUGUUUAAAUAUUCUUACAACUGUUUUCAUCAUUUCUAAUACAUCAAAAACGUCUGACGAUAUUCUCUAUGUAAUGUUUUGUUGGUUUAUGUGAUGAAGAGUUCCAAAAAUAACUAAAGAAGUACCAAGGACAAUAACAUUAGCAACAAAACAUGUGUCCUUCAAACGUGUACAUCAGCUAAAGUAAUUGUUGUUGUGUUUGCCAGAUAAGUUAUUGGACAUCACGUAUACAUUCAAAUUGAACGUUCAAUCGCGAUUGGUUCGUCAAAUACAUUUUGCAUCUGAUUAUAGAUUAUAGACUACCGGAAAUACAAUAUCUGAUUCAGACAAUGCAAUCUGUUCUCCAAUUGAAAAGUCUAAACAAUUUCUACUAAUGACAUUGACAUAUGAACUAUAUUGUUUAUGUUGCAUAAUGUUAUAUUGAUAGAACUCAUCAGUGGAUCUAAUUAUUAUCUGUGGGAUAUAACAAAAACAACUAUAAGUGACAAUUUUAAGUGACAGUUCAAUGAAAGUGCCAGUGUGAUGUUGAUUUGUAUGAAAUGAUGUACCAAAGUCUAAUUUAAUUUCAUUUGGAGAAAAUGAAUUAUUCGAUUUUAUAUUUGAAUUCAUCAAGAAAUGUAUCGCGGGUGGACAGUAAUUUAACAGAAAGGCUUUCCCUUUCAGAACUUAAUUCACAGGAAGUAUUCAAACGAUUGCCGGUUAUUGUUUUUAUUUCCAUUUUGAUACUGGUUGGAACUAUUGGAAAUUUACACGUGCUUUAUAUAUACUACCGGAAGUUUAAUCGAUCAACUUACAGGAAUUUCGUUUUAACGCUAGCGGCCAUUGAUAUCGUCAGUUGUGCAAUUUCUAUGCCCUUUGAAAUAUACGAUGAACUAUAUCCUUAUUUAUUUCAAGCAGACGUUGCUUGUAAGGUUUUCCGUUUUAUAAAUUUUACACUAGCUAUUGCUACAGGAUUAAUGCUGGUGGUAAUAUCAUCCGAAAGAUAUCGACGAAUCUGCAGACCAUUCGGAAGUCAGUUAACAGAAAAACAAUCAAUUUAUGCAUUGAUAGGAAUCAUCAUAUGUGCUUCCGGUGCUUCACUUCCGGCGUUAUACGUAUACGGAAUAAAAACUACCCAGAUACCGGGAUUUGAUUCUUUUGGAACAGAAUGUACAUGGGGCGAUCAUAUUGAAGUGUAUGUAGGAUAUAUUUUCUAUGGUGAAACACUGAUGACGGUUAUUGGGUGUAUGAUAGCUCUUGUUGUAAUCUAUAGCAUAGUUGGGAAAUAUUUGUGGGACCAUGCUCACAAAAUGUCAAAAAACAUGCGAACAAAAUAUCAAAUGAAGGAACCCAUAAAACUUGACGUAAUUGAAGAGGAAACUGCCGACCAGAUCCGAAGGGCACGCGACUCUUUCCGUUCCAUUAAGCAAAGUAAUGAGAAUGGUACGGCGGCGAAUAAAGAUGAAAUGAAACACAAUAAAUGUAACAAAAAAGCAAGAAAACUUGAGUUACCUAUUAAAAAUAUUAAACAAAACUUGGAUGCAACAACAUCGUCCGGGAACACAUCACCAAACCAUAUACCAAAACCAAGUCCUAACUGGAAAAGACAGAAAAAUUUACAAACCUGUGACAUGAAAGGAUUAAAAAAAGCUUUCAAAAACGUAACCGGGCGCCCGGCUGGGGCGAAUCCAUUAUUAUCUAAACCGGAAAAGAAUGUUCCUGACCGAGAAAAACGCAUCACAAUAGUGCUUUUUACAAUUACAGUUUUGUUUAUUGUUAGUUUUUUACCUUACAUUGUAAUACUUAUAUUAUAUAGUGCGGAUGAAUCUUAUGAGAAAAGUAUGACUACCGUAGAACAUGCUGUUUACUUAAUAGGAUUAAGACUUUAUAUGAUUAACAAUGUAGCUAAUCCGUUUCUAUAUUCCAGUUUUGACUCUAAAUUUAAAAAACAUUUGAUGGAAAUUUAUUCGUUUCUAAAUGCAUUGAUUUAGGAUUAAGAAAUAAACGCUGUGUAAAACUG